UAAACAAUGGAAACCCCUAAAACCGAGCCGAGCCGAGUGGGUAGUAGUGGGAAAGGGCUAUGCGAGGUUUGAGUGGACGAAGAGGGUGUGGGUCACCUAAUCACGUUUAUCAAAAAGUGAGAUUUGAGGCGUUACGACGUUAAAGGAUAAACAUUACUAACAGUUAAAGAUGACGACCUCAUGGAGCGACCGUCUGCAGAACUUCGCUGCUCUUCCAGCCAACAUGGACGGUGUAGCCAUGAAGAAGUAUCGCCGUGAAGCUCACCACAGAGUGUUUGUUAAUCGAAGCCUGGCCAUGGAAAAGAUCAAGUGUUUUGGUUUUGAUAUGGAUUACACUCUUGCAGUGUAUAAAUCUCCUGAGUAUGAGUCCCUGGGCUUCGACUUGACAGUGGAGCGCCUGGUAUCCAUUGGAUAUCCACAGGAGCUGCUCAACUUUGUCUACGAUCCCUCCUUCCCCACCAGAGGUCUGGUGUUUGACACAAUGUAUGGGAACCUGCUCAAAGUUGAUGCCUAUGGAAACAUUCUGGUGUGUGUGCAUGGGUUCAACUUUUUGAAGGGACCUGACAUCAGAGAGAUGUACCCGAACAAAUUCAUCCAGCGUGGAGACACAGACCGCUUCUAUAUCCUCAACACGCUCUUUAACCUCCCCGAAACCUACCUCUUUGCCUGCCUGGUGGAUUUCUUCAAUAACUGCUCCAGAUACUCGAGCUGUGAGACUGGAUUCAAAGAUGGGGACCUCUUCAUGUCCUACAAGAGCAUGUUCCAGGAUGUCCGAGAUGCUGUGGACUGGGUUCACUUUAAGGGCUCCUUAAAAGAAAAAACAGUUGAAAACCUGGAGAAGUAUGUGGUAAAGGAUCCAAAGCUUCCUCUGCUCCUGAGUCGGAUGAAUGAAGUAUCCAAAGUAUUUUUGGUCACCAACAGUGAUUAUAAGUACACAGAGAAAAUUAUGACCUACCUGUUUGACCUUCCUCAUGGUCCAAAGCCGGGCACGCCCCACCAGCCCUGGCAGUCCUACUUUGACCUGAUCCUGGUAGAUGCCCGUAAGCCCGUCUUCUUCGGAGAAGGAACUGUCCUACGACAAGUCGACACUACCACAGGACGGCUGAAGAUCGGCACAUACACUGGACCUCUUCAGCACGGUAUCGUUUACUCUGGAGGUUCUUCAGACAUCGUCUGUGACCUGCUGGGUGCUAAAGGAAAGGACAUUGUCUAUAUUGGAGACCACAUUUUUGGUGACAUUCUCAAAUCUAAGAAGCGUCAAGGUUGGAGGACUUUCCUGGUGAUACCUGAGCUGGCCCAGGAGCUGCAUGUGUGGACUGACAAGAGCUCCUUAUUUGAGGAACUUCAGUCACUGGACUGUUUUCUGGCAGAGCUUUACAAGCACAUGGACAGCAGCAGCAACGAGAGGCCUGAUAUCAGCUCCCUGCAGAGACGCAUUAAGAAAGUGACUCAUGACAUGGACAUGUGUUAUGGCAUGAUGGGAAGUCUCUUUCGGAGCGGAUCCCGGCAGACUCUGUUUGCCUCCCAAGUGAUGCGCUAUGCUGACCUGUAUGCUGCCUCCUUCAUCAACCUGCUCUACUACCCCUUCAGCUAUCUGUUCAGAGCUGCACACGUGCUGAUGCCUCAUGAAUCCACAGUGGAACAUACACACGUCAAUAUCAUGGACAUAGAGUCACCGCUGGCCACAAGAAACCGCCAUGAUGUCGACUUUAAGGAGAUCGAGUGCAAAAGACACCAGCUGACCCGAUCCAUCAGUGAGAUCCAGCCCCCGCAUUUCUUUCCUCAGGCACCACAGGAGAUUACCCACUGCCACGAUGAGGAUGAUGACGAGGAAGAGGAGGAGUAGGGGAGGACCGUGAACCUUUCCCCAGAAGAGCCUGUUUAAAUUUUUAAGUUUGUCUUUACUUGGAUUUGUAGCUGCAGCGAGUGAGAGCUCAUAGAAAGGGACUCUAAAGAUUUAAUGUUGAGUAAAACGGUUCAAUCUGCGCUCUGCUUUUAACUGGGCUUAUACGUGCUGUGCUCCAUGACAUUACAUCAACAUUUGGUUCUGACAUUUAUGGGAUUGUGCACCGUGAGUUUGUCUCACACUUCAUCAUGGUGGACUUCUGCUGUGGGAGAAUAUCAGAAGUUCAAACUGUCACACAGUUUGCAUUGAUCAUUUCUGGGUUUGUUGUUGCAAAGAUUUUGUGCAUUUGCCCUGAAUCUCACGGUCUUCCACUGGUGUUAAUCUGUGACUAGUCUGAAAGGGCUCUCGUUGGUUCAGCUGUCAACAUGUUGCAAAUAUGCUGUUACUGGAGUGGACUGCUGUUGAGUUCAAAGUGCCUCAGUGUUAUUACAGAUACUGUUCAGUAUACACGAGAAACGGUGACGUAUUUUUCUUUUGUCAUGUUUUUAUGCUACUGCCUUCAUUUUAAAGAAACUGCAAAUAUGUCCAACCAAUAUAAAGCUGCAGUGAGGGCCUCAUCUCAAAGGAUUUCACAAAGUGUGACUCGGACCUUAAAGGUUGUAAUUUGGCUGUAUACUGGAGUUUUCAGGGUCAACAUUCCUGCACUGGAAUGUUGACCAGUCUUGCCAGAGGGAGCAAGACUGGUACUGACAAACACGGCUAGUAAAAUGUCAGGGUAAGAAAUAAAAACGUAUAUCUGACUGCCAGAAGAGGGAGACAAACAGUAUGGAGUUCAAGGUCUCCAUAGGGUUAGGCUGCUUCGACUGUUACUAAUCAGCCACUCUGCAGUGAUUGUGCUGUUACAGGGUGGACAUGGUUAUUCAUUCUGUGCCCCGACUCUUCUCCUCUCUCUCCUUCCUGUGGGUCACAGCUUGAGUGAAGGUCCUGUGAGGUCUGAGCUAAAAUCAAAGAAUGCUUUUUCAGUUGAACCUUGGAUGUUUCUUCUCAUGUGUCCAGGAGGACUUUACCGUUUCAGUGUAAAAUGUUGGUUUUUCAUAGGAUGGACUCAUUUCAUAAUCCGUGAAGCUGAAAGCAUGUUUUUAUGAUUUAUUCAAAUUUCAUAUAUCAGCAACAGAGAGUGCAAAUGCUUUUUUUAUUUUGAAUUAUGCUGGGGGGGAGGGUAAAGAAUGAUAAAAUGCAUUGUUCUGCAGUUGACACGCUUUUUCAUGACUGCAAUAAAAUAUAUUACAUUGCU